AUGACCCUCCCAGUCCUCAUCAUCGGCGCCGGUCUAGGCGGCAUCUGCCUCGCCCAAGCCCUACAAAAAACCAACAUCCCAUUCAAACUCUUCGAAAAAGACGACCACCACAACCUCCAAACACAAGGCUAUCGACUCAGAAUCUCCGAAAGUGGCACCAAAGCCUUAAAGGAGAGCCUAACACCCGACCUCUUCACCCUCUUCCAAAAAACCUGCGCCACAACAGCUGGGUUCGGCAUCCGCAUCAAACCCGACGGAACACUCAUCCCCUUCAGCAGUGCAGGCGGGCCUUCAAAGCCACCCCACGCUACAGCCCUAGGCGAAGCAUACACCGUUGACCGCAGCGCCUUCCGCGAAGCACUCCUCACCGGGUUGGAAGAGCACACCUUCUUCGGCAAGGCGUUCUCGCACUACGAGCUCUGCGAAACAUGCAUCACGGCCCAUUUCACCGACGGCUCGAGCGUGGACGGAUCUCUGCUCGUCGGCGCAGACGGGGUGCACUCGCGUGUGCGAAAGCAAUACAUACCCGAAUACCCCGCUCUCGACACGGGUCUGCGGAUCGUGUUUGGGAAGACGCCGAUUACGCCGGCGUUCCUGGCGGCCACGCCCGAGAGUUAUCAGGCUGGGAUGAGUCUUGCUUCGGAUGCGGGGGACGGCGCACAACCGACGCUUUUGUGGGAGGUUAUUCGGUUCCCGUGCGCAGUUGAGGAGAUCGACUUGCCAGCUCCGUAUGUGUACUGGGUGCUUGUUUUUGAUCGCGCACAUCUCGGCCUUGCGGCGGAUGGGAGGCGUUGGCGUGCUGCUGGUCCCGGGGAGGCGGCGGGUCUGGCGCGUCGGUUGACGGGGUCGUGGGCGGAUUCUGUGCGGAGUGUGAUUGAUUUGCAGGAUGAGAGUCAGUCGUCUGUUCGGUCGAUUUUGUCUGCGGUGCCGGAGAUUGCGGGGUGGGAGGCUUCGGCGCGGGUGACGCUUCUUGGGGAUGCGGUUCAUCCCAUGCCGCCUACGGGUGCUAUGGGCGCUAACACUGCUUUGCGUGAUGCGGCGGAUCUAGCGCGGCGUAUUGCGGGGGUAGCUGGGGUUGAGGGGGUUGAUGAUCGAGUUAUUGGAGAGUAUGAAGCUGAUCUGCGUGAGUAUGCUAGAACGGCGAUUGGUUUGAGUUGGCAAGGUGGUAUGAAGAGCUUCGGGCUGAGACCUGUGGAUGAAUGCGAGAAAAUUGUCCUGUAA